UAACAGAAGGCGUCUUCACCAGAGUCUCUACAGAAGUACUGCACACAAAAAUUCGGGACAGCUGUGAACUACACGAGCUUACUACAUUCUUAACUCAAUAUGAACAUGCGGGACAAGUUCUCCUACCAAGAACAACACUUUCUCUGAACUUCUUAAAACUUUGAAACUUUUUUUCCACGUUUUGCAUCGCACGCACAUCGCAAGUUUUCUGCUCCAGGACCACUCCGGAUCCAAAGGACCGACUUUACAUCAGAGCUGGGAAUCCAGGUGACAUUAAAGUGAUCUGUUGUAACACCAACCAUGGGCAGCAAGACUCUUCCGGCCCCGGUUCCCCUCCACCCCUCCCUGCAGCUGGCCAACUAUUCCUUCCUCCAGGCCUCCAACGGCUUCCAGCUGCCCACAGAUCAGGUCCCUAGCAUCUAUAGCUUCAGUGCCCUGCAUGCCGUCCAUCUCCACCAGUGGACCCUGGGCUACCCUCCUUUCGCUUUCCCCCGCUGCACUUUCUCCAAGAUCCCAUCCCUGAUAGACGGACGCUUCCCUGGCAUGCCUUCAAUCCCCGUCUUCCCCCAUAUCGGCCAGCCCAAGGAACAGGCCGCUGGUGCCACAGCUACCUCCAUGAGUCUCCUCCACGGCUCCAAGAGCAAGCCUCAGCCACGCUUCGACUUUGCCAACCUGGCCGCUGCCGCCACCCAGGAGGACCCGCUGAAGGCGGAGGACCUGAGCAUAACGGGCGCGUCCGCCGCCGCUUCGCCGCGACACGGCGGGCUGGGCUGUCUAGUCGACGUGGCAAAGCUCUCGUCGCCCGAGCGCAAGCCAAGCCGCGGCCGCCUGCCCUCCAAGACCAAGAAGGAGUUUGUGUGCAAGUUCUGCGGCCGCCACUUCACCAAGUCCUACAACCUGCUUAUCCACGAGCGGACACACACGGACGAGAGGCCGUACACCUGCGACAUAUGCCACAAAGCCUUCCGGAGGCAGGACCACCUCAGAGACCACAGGUACAUCCAUUCCAAAGAGAAGCCCUUCAAGUGCCAAGAGUGUGGAAAGGGAUUUUGUCAGUCCAGAACUCUAGCUGUUCACAAAACAUUGCACAUGCAGGUCAAGGAACUAAAGCCAUCCAAGAUUAAGUGAUGUCAACACUUAAAGGAUGAGACAAGGGGACACUGGAAAAAGAAAUGCAAAGGUGAACAAGACCAAACAACCAAAGAUGGGGGGACAAAGUGAAGAUCAAGUGCCUGGAACGUAGCAUUAGUUAAACAUAUCUGAACUUGAACCAAACCAAAGUUCUCUGAAGUACAGAAAAAUGAUUAAAAAAAGUGAAAUGUUUAUCAACAUUUUGCCAGCCAAGAAGGCUGCUGUGCCCAGCGUGGGGAGAGAUUUGAGAGUCCUGGAUCUCUGUGAUGCAUCCAGACAGUAUCCUGGAGAACCUUGGACUAGAACUAAGAUGUUAGUCCACAUUCAGUUCAGAGAGAGUUGGGCUGAAGGCUGGGCAUUUGUUCGCCUUGAUGAAGCCCAAAGGUGCCAGUGGAUCUUACGUCAUGCAUAGAUGGAAUGUGAUCUUAACCUCUCUGGCAAAACGGACCUCUCAGACAUUCCAAAAGACUCUCGCUUUUCAUCAAAACACAAUUUUUUGAAAGGGACCUUUAAGAGUCUAAUGCAGUCUUUGUAAAAAAAACAAGUAUAACAAUAAAAAUGAAAAAAAAGAAACAAUUUUGGUUAAAGCCAUGUCAGCAUAGCCGUCUUAUCCCUCUUCAAAGCUCACAUUCCAAUGUUAUUUUUGUACAGGUAUCUUUUUGUAUAAUUGUAUUUUUGCACUUUAACUUGAUUAUUGAUUAUUUACAUAUAUCACUGGAUUCCUUAAACUUAUUUUGAAAAUAAAUAAA